UGAAGGUUGAUUUUGACGCUCACAACGACCCGGUCGUUCACUCUCAAAUUUGCGAGAAUUUGAAGUAAAAAAUGAUAAAUAAAUUGAAUAAAAAGAAUAACGCUAAAUAGUAAAUUAUUUAAUGUGUAAAGACGACCAUGUACAAUAAAAAUGUAUUCAUAGAUAUACCAGUAUGUACGCAAUUGAACUGUUACUUUUAUUCAUUGGGCUUGUACCGCUGCAUUCAACCGCAUAUAAAACCAAUACUUCGUCAAAUAUCCUCUCGUCAUCAUCUCGUCUUGUCAAUCUUGUCCAAGAUGAACCCUUUUAUAUUUCGACAUCAAGAAGUGGUAAACUUAAAUUGAUUGUGAAGAGAAGCUUUUCGCUUAAACCUGGUAAUAACAAAUCUAGUUUUUCUGGUCAAAAUAAGUCUUUAGUAAGUCGGCCUAGUAAGCUAAAUAAACUUUUUUUGUUUAAAAAUAAAAUUGUAAAAAACAAAGAAACGCUUCUUGAACCAAAACUUGACACCAGAAAUUUCGAUUUACGCAAUGAUAGCAGAAGACAAUCCAAUAACUUUAGAAAAGGUUUUUUAAGCAAAAAUAAAAAAAAUUUUUCUAAUAGAAUGUACUUAAAAGAUUUUGAUAACCAAAAAUCAGUUUUAAGAAAAAAUGAUACAAAAAUAGGUACAAAAAUUACAAACAAAAGUCAAUUAAAAAAAAGAACAGUUGACUCAAAAAUUUGGGAACAAGACUUGAUUUCAGAAAUAAUUUCCAACAAACCAUCUUUGAAACGUUGGGACCAGCAAAUUGUACCAAUUAUAGAUGAAACUUUUGAAACUCCAAAAAUUACAAAAUUUCAUUCUACCAGUUCAACAACUAAGCAGCUAAGCGAUCAAUCAAAUAAUCAUAUUAAUAAACGUUUAAAACAAGUUUCAAUAUCACAAAAAAUAAAACCAAAAAUCAAUCGUAAAUCAAGUACUUCUGUACUAAAAUCAUGUAUUGAAAAUGGGCAGGUUGUCAUUGCAGAAGGCUGUGGAGACGAAAUAAUUGAUCAUUCUAGUUUGAAUUCAAAUAGUUACGUUGCAAAUCUUUUGAGAAACACUCAAUCAAAUAGAUACAACAUGGAAAAUGUUGGAGUCGCCAGUAAACAGCAGUGGGAUGCAAAUGACAACAAACAACAGUGGAUAUCAAACGAUAUUAAACCUCAGUGGGACGCAAACUUUCACAACAGCCAUUCUUUAUUAAAACCAUCAGUUCAGACAAACGGGUUUUUUGGAAAUUUUAAGAACGAAGUUAACACUGAACUUGCAUUAGCGGCAGAUUCAAAAGACAAAGCUAUUGAAGAUGCAACAUCAAUAGAACCUUUUCAAGAUUUAUCACCAUCAAUUCAUUCUCUGAGCUAUAAACUGUUAAAUGCACUGCAGGAUGAUCCAACUCUUGAUGAACUGGAGUAUCAUUCUGAAAAUCAACCAAAAGGGUGGCCCAUGAUUAAACAUGGAGUUGAAAGAGAGACUAACAAUGGUUUUCAUCCAACAAAUAAUUUGAAUUUAGUAGGCGAAGUCCAUAAAGAUUUUCACGAAUAUCCUCAGAGUCCAGUAGAUAUUCUUGGAGCUUAUAACCCUUUAGUAAGCGGGUCUUUGCUUAAAAAACCUAGUGACUAUCAUUUUUCAGGCGCUUUACAAAAUCCUCCUGGAUACAGGUUUAAUGAAGUAAAUGAAAAGAUUUCUCAUACAAUUGCAAGCAAUCAAAAAGUUUCUACUGCAAACCAUAAUCUUGAUAGUAAAGUAUUCAGUAGUGUGGGUCACGAUACAAAUACCAUAUAUAUGCCCACAAGUAUAACAUCUAGUUCAAACAUGCAUGGCGUAACAAUAGAAAACAGUGGUAACCCACAUAUAUGGUCUAAUCCUCCAUCAGACAACUACAACUAUCAUAACCAAUUGCCACCAAGUGAUCAUGUUGCAUUUUAUGAUCAUAAUCAUGUUGAUGGGAGCUCAUUCAACCAUCAUGAAAUCGACCAUAGCCAUGAUCAUGAAAUUGACCGUAAUCAUGAUCAUGAAAUCAACCGUCAUCAUGAUCAUGAGGAUAAUCAUGAUCAUGAAGUUGACCAUAGUCAUAAUCAUAUUGUUAUUCAUGACCAUGAGUCUGAACAUAUUCAUGAUCAGCAAAGCCUAAUUCAAAAUUUUGAUCCUCAUCAUGGAUUUAAUGAAAAUCAUGAAAAAGUUGGAAUUGGUACAGACUUUGAUUCCCAGUUAGGGCACACUUACAAUUUAGGUGGAAGUAUCGUCCACGCUAUGGGUGAUCCCUUUGCUGGCUUGGAAUACUCUUUUAAUUCACCAAUUUUGAAUCAUCCAUCCGGAAAAGGAGAUAAUGGUAUGGUAGGAGCAAUAAUAGCUGCCGGUACUGGUGCAACAAGUGGAGCUGUAUUUGGUUUAGGAGUUCCUUUUCCAGAAAAAAUUUCAGAACCUAUGUUUGAAGGAGAUUCAGCAGUAAGUGUUAAGUUGUCAAACCAGUCACCAGGUUCUGAAAACAAUAAAAGUCCUAACAACAAAACUGCAAAUGAUUCUCAAAGCAAAGAUAAUCAAAAUAAAAAUCAAGAGAAUAACACUGGAAAUGUUGGAAAAGAUAUGACCGUUGGGGGAAAUAGUACUACUUCAAAUGGAAAUAAUAAUAACCCGAAUGAGUCAAAUGGAAACAACAAUAAGAAUAAUGGAAAAAAUGGAGGCUCUAGUAAUGGAGAUGGGUCAAACGAGAAAAACAUCAACACCCCUGAUUUAAAGGGAAGUGACAACAAAGAUAAAAAUAAUAUGGGUGCUAGUAGCAAUAGCAAUGAUGUGAAUAAUGGAAAUAAUAAUGACCCUAAUGUAAAAAAUCAAAACAAUAAUAACCCUAAUGAGUCAAAAGAAAACAGCAAUAAAAGUAAUGGAAAAAAUGGAAGCUCUAAUAAUGCAGAUGAGUCAAACGAGAAAAACAUCAAUACCCCUGAAUUAAAAGGAAGCGACAAUAAAGAUAAAAAUAACAUGGGUGCUGGUAACAAUAGCAAUGAUGUAAAUAAUAAGGCUUCUUCUAACAAAGUUGAAACGAACAAUAAAAAUAAUGAAAAUAACGGAAAAUCUUCUAAUGUUGGUGGGUCAAAUGAGAAAAACAGUAACACUCCUGAAUUAAAAGGAAGUGACGGUAAAACUCAAGAUAAUAUAGCUAAUAAAGAUAAUAACAACUCAGGUUCUGGUGACAAUAGUAAAGAUGGAAACUCUUCUAAUGUUGGUGGGUCGAAUGAGAAAAACAGUAACACUCCUGAAUUAAAAGGAAGUGACGACAAAACUCAAGAUAAUUUAAUUAACAAGGACCAAAACAACAAGGGUUCUACUGAUAAAAAUGGAGGAAACAAUAAAAACAAUGGAAGUAAUGGAAGUGUUAACAAUAAUGGUGCAGUAAAUGAUGAAAAUGGUAAAGGAAACGAAGACACAGCUAAAGAUAAUUCAAAAACAAGUGGAGAAGGGGGAGGUUUAGUUAAAAACGAAGCAAAUAAUACAAAUUUAAGUAAAAAUGAAAAGAAUGGAAAUAGCAAUUCAGGUACAAAUAAUGUUCCAGCUAAUGGAAAUAUUGGAAACAAUAAAGGCGGAGGAAGCAGUAAUGGCGGAAGUAACAGUAAUGGGCAAGACAAUGUUAAUAAUAUAAAUAAUAGUAAUAACGGAGCUAACGGCAAUAUUAAUAGUAAUGGAAAUGAUGGAAAUGAUGGUGGAUUUAACGGCAGAACUGGAAAUAAAGAAAAUGCAGGUAGUUCUGGAGGAAACAAUAAUAGUGGAGUUAAUGGUAACAGUAAAGAUAACAACUAUGGUAGAGUUGCCGAUAAUAGUAGAAUCAACGUUAACAAUGGAGUUAAUGGUAACGGUGGCGUUAACGGUAAUGAUGGUAUUAAUAAUAAUGGUCGAGUAAACAAUAAUGGCGGAGCUAAUGGUAAUGAGGGAAUUAACGGUAAUAAUGGAAUUAACCGUAACGAUAACGCAGGAAUAUACAGUAAUGGUGAAGUUAAUAGUAACAAUCAAAAUAAUAACAAUGUUGGAAACAAUGUUGGAAACAACGUUAAUCGUGGAGAUAAUGGUGAUGGUAGAUACUCUAAUAACGCAGCCGUGUUAAGUGAAAAUCGAAUUUCCAACUCCGAAGGAAAAGAAACUGAAACUAAUUGUCAACAAAACGUCCAGGUAAGUCAAAAUGCCGCAAACUCGGUUAACAUGGGAUCUAAUAAAAUUGAUUCUAACGGUCAAUACGCUAAUGGAGGUGCUAUAAAUGAAAAAACUGCCGUUAAUGGUGUAUAUUCUGCCGGCAAUGGUGACAAAAAUAUUAAUUGCCCUAAUAAUGCGCGUAUCGGAAAUUUUGGAAAUAUUGAAGAAAAUAAAAUGAUUAACACGAACAUUAAUGGUGGUAAGUCUCAAGAAUACGCAAAUAAUAAUGAGAAAAUAGAAAACAAUAUUAGCAACAGUAAUCUUGGCUGUGAAGUUGUUGCAGGGAAUUGCUUUCAUGAAAAAGGUAUUGAGAAAAAACAAGAAAAUUUCAAUGGAAAUUCAGGGCCGUUAAAUGGAAAUGUGAAUAUUAAUGUAGAUAGCGGAGGAAUUAAAAUUGGUAUAGGAAAUGUUGAUAUAGGACAAAGCAUAAAUGCUGAACGUUUUAAAGGAUUAAGCCUUAACAAUAAUAAAGGAGGUAACUUAAACGAAGGUCAACAACUUAGUAAAAACAUAGGUGCUUAUGAGAAUAAAGAUGCUGGAGGGUGCUAUGAAUGUAAUAACUUAAUAAAUAUGGCUGGUAACGGUAUUAGCACUACAACAAACUUCCGAACUUUUCAUAGAGCGGAGAAUAACAAUUUUAAUGCUCAAGACAGCAGAAAGGCAGGUAGUAGACGUGAUGGAAAUGUAAAUAACAAUCAUAACAAAGCUGAUGAAUAUUUGGUAGCUGGUAUAAAUAGUUAUAUAGACAAAAAUUUAGGUAGUAAUUUAAAUAAUAAUGGAAUCUUAAAUGACGCUACCAAUGCAGAUAACAAUAAUGCCAUAAAUGUAGAAACCAAUGGAGGUAACAACGAGGUCAUGAAUGCAGGUAGCAGCGCAAGUAACUUUAGAGUUUUAAAUUUUGGUGGUAAUGAACCCAUGGAUGGGGCAGUGAGUUUAGAUAAAAACAAAGUUACCAAUCUAGAUACGAACAGAGUCAAAAGUUUAGAAUCGGAUAUUGCAAACAUUCUGAAUUACAACAAGUAUAAUCUGCUAGAAGGACAAAAAGGAAAUAACUUAUUAAAUAUUAAAAAUAAUAAUAAAUUUGAUGAUUCCAAAGAUAUUCGUAUUAAUACAGGCGGAUUUAUUGAUGAGAAUAGAGGACAUGAUAUGAGUAACAAUAAACAAGCUGAUAAUCAUUUUCCCAAUGAAAAUGAAAAAACUAAUAUCGCAGUUAACAAUUUUGUUAACGGAAUCAGUGCACAAAAUGGUCAGCUUUUUCAAAAUUUUAUUAAAAACGAAAAUGGAAAAGGAAAUCUUGAAGUUCUAAAUACUGGAAACAGUUGCCAAAAACAAAAUGCUUUGUUGACUGGCAACAAUUAUAACACAAAGUGUAGCACAAUAUAUAGAAACGUUGACAAAAAAGUAAACUUUGUUAAUCCAAUUUUUAAUAAUCAAAUCAACAGAAAUUUUGGAAGCAAUAAAGAUUUAACAAAAUUUAAUGGAAACAAGAACCUAUUAAAAGAAAACACGCUCAACAACAGAUUUAAAAACAGAUUGAAUAAUGUUGCUUUUAUGGUAGGUGAUAGCGGUUCUUCCCUCCACUCUUUUGACGGGAUGUCAGGAGGUUUUAAUAGGAAAGGCGUUCUCUGUGUUGUAGGAACGGAAGUUGACUGUAAUAAUGUCAGUAAAGAAAAACAAACUGUAAUAAAAAAUCUUUUAAAAAGUAAUAACCAGUUAUGGGAUAAUUCAGUCAGAGCUGGAUUACCUUCAGGCGCUUCAGCUAUAUCUUCUAAAAUGGUCGAGUAUAAUACUGGAAACAAAGCAAACAGCAAUAGAGAUCGAAAUUUUUAUAGUAGCAGUGACAAUAAUGUACAAAUUUAUAAAACAGGUAAUAAUGAGGACAAAAAAAAUGAACUAAACUCUGGUGUACCAACAAAUAGUAAAGAAAAUAUUAAUGGAGUUGAUAUAAACCGGUGCGGCUGUAAUAAGUUUAUAUCAGCUGAUAAAUUUUGCUCUUGCAAAAGUAUAAAACCAAUGGAAUUAACGUUAAAAAACUCACAAAAUUCAGGAGGUAAUUUGACUCAUCAGUUUGUAAAAUUUUUUGAAAACAUUGCAGAAAAGCUACAUGUCAAUGAGCUUGUAGCAGUCGAAGAAAUUGUCAAAAAUUUUAAAAAUAAUCAUCAGAAUUUGACAAAGCGAAAACUCAACGAACACAUGGAAAACUUUUCCAAUUCCAUUUUGAAUAAAAACGCUCGUUUGUCAGUUCCCGAGACAAUUACUAGCGUAACUUCAGCGGUUGCAAAAGAUAGACUUCCUACUCCCCAAGAGGUUUUUAAUAAUAAUUUUUCACCAAAAAUAAAAACAAUUGUAGAAACCUAGCAAUUUUAAGGUAACUUUUUGGAAUAUUUCUGGAUAACUAAUUUUUUAAAAAUAAACGCAUAUAAGUGAAAGAAUGUAAACCUAUUACUGAUAUGAUAAUAUUUAUGUAUUAAUAUUUUAAUACAUAGUUUUACGAUUUUAUCAAUUAUUAAUUAUUGCACACUAUUACUUUUUAAAACUAACUAA